AUGACAGGUUCUGAAUGUCUCCUCUUGACCCUGAUGUCCUACGAUCGCUGUAUCGCCAUCUGCAACCCACUGAGGUACCCGGUCAUCAUGAAUCCCAGAGUCUGUCUACAGAUGACUACUCUCUCCUGGGUGGUGGGGCUCCUAAAUUCCUUGUUCCCUACUGUCUAUAUCACACACUUUCCAUUCUGUGACUCCAAGGAGAUUCAGCACUUUUUCUGUGAAGUCUCAGCUAUCCUGAAGCUCUCCUGUGAGGAUACCUCUACCUAUGAAAUGAUUUUGUUUGUCACGGGAAUUGUGUUCCUCCUCAUCCCCUUUGGAUUCAUUUUCACCUCCUAUGGCAUCAUUUUCUUAACAGUCUUUCGUAUGAGAUCCCCGGAGGGACGGAGCAAAGCCCGCGCCACCUGCCCCUCCCACCUCACAGUGGUGAGCCUCUAUUUGGGUUCGGGUGUCUUUCUGGUUAUGAUACCUCCAACCCGGUAUUCAGCACAGCAAAGCCAGGCUGUCUCCCUUUUCUACAACACCCUCACCCCCAUGUUGAAACCUGUUAUUUACAGCCUGCAGAAUAAAGAAGUGCUGGGGGCUCUGAGGAACACACUGAGGAUGGGUGUCUGUUCUCAAAUUGCAGCCAGAAGACUUUAG